AUGCCACGCGCAAAGAAAACCAUCAAAUCAAACCAAAAAAGAAAAAAAAACAGUCGGAGUCAAGCUUCAAUUUCUAAUAUUCGACAUACUCGACAACGAACAAAACCGGAACGAAGACGUGAAUCAGCAGAUACUCGUCAUCAAACAAAUCAUGUUGCAACGAAUAACGAUGGUGCACGUUCGACAGAACAACCAGAAUCAUCUGAAGUAGGACACUUUUCAUCGACAAUUACAAUAUCUAGCCAAUCUUCCCAAUCGAAUCUUAGUCAUCACGAAUUUGAUCAGCCCGAUUUUCAUUCUAAUCUUCACAACGAAGUCAAACCAAAUAAAUCAAGUCAUUCGUUAAUAAAUCAAAGAACUACACAUGAAAUAUCAAACAUAACAAGAUCAAAUCUUACGACAAACGAAACAAUACACAAUCAACAACAGAAUAUCGAAUCAAACUCACAUCCAAUAGAUACGUUUACGAACGUUAAUGAUGAACCAUCAGCAUCGAACCGACAAACAUCAAUUACCACUUAUUUUGCACCAACUGAUGAACAAUUUCAACGGAUAGUUGAUCUUAACGAACAUUCAACGAAUUUCCGAAUACGAUCAAAGAUUAUUUACCUAAGCAACGUCAGACAUUUCGGGUCCAAUAAAGUCAUCGAUGGUAUUCUUUCAGAUGCAUCCGGGGAAAUCAAAUUUGUUGCAUUCAACGAUCAAGGCGAACGCGUAACCACAAGUCUCAAAGUGAACGAAAAUAUAAUACUUCAAAAUGGUGAAAUCGCAAUUGCCAAUCCACGGUAUCGAACUCCUUUCUCACGAUUUGAAAUUCGAAUUUGCCCAUCGACAGCUAUUCGAACAUAUCAAUCUAACUCAUUUAACCCAUUAAUCCAAAUAACUAGAAAACCGUUGCAUGAAGUUCUUCGAAUGCCACAUGGAGCAUUAGUCGACGUAGAAGGAACAGUCAUAUUAGAUCGUGGUUUGAUAAGUUCUACUGGACAUGAUGCUACAAAUCAUAUUAUCCGGCGAACUUUCAAAAUUACUGAUGACACAUCUACAAUCAAUGUUACCGCAUGGAACGAAAAAACAGAUGAGAUACCUGAAAACAUCAUGAACAAAACUAUUCGUAUACGAAACGGCAAGAUCAAUUACUACAACGACUAUAUAUCAAUCAAUGCUUCCUCGCAAACCAUCAUUCAAUUCAUCGACUAG